GUAUAUUUUUAUAGAUUUAAUCGCCUUCAAGCAAGCUUAUUGGAUCCGCUCCUGCAAUCGUUAACAAGCAAACACGCGUUUCAUUGCUAUCCGUAAUCAGUUGCAGCCAGGGACUCAGUGGAGAGCGGUCUACUUUCUACUGUUUCUACGUUUGAACGAAAAUGAAGGUGCUCGACAAUAUAAUUCACGGCCCGCCAGGAGCAAAAGUGCCAAAUAUUUCCAUACAAGAAUAUAUACUCAGCAAUCUUCGUGCCAAGCUUGAUCACAUUCUGCAAGUUGAUAUUGAGACUGGUAAAUCCUUCACAAGCAAGGAUGUUCUCGUAGGAAGCGUAGCACUUGCAAGUGCUUUAAAGAACUAUGGAAUCGAGAAACAAGACAGAAUUUCUAUUUCAAGCGAGAAUCUUCCAAAUUUCUUAAUCGCGACAUGUGCAAUUUAUAAUGUUGGAGCUGUAUUUGCACCCUUGAAUCCAGGGUACACGGAACGGGAGUACAGACAUAUGUUGGAAAUCACUCAACCACGAGUAAUGUUUGUGUCUCGAAAAACGGAAGUGCUUCUCUCAAAAAUUGCGCCGACCCUAAGUUGGACAAUGAAAUUAAUACAUUUGGAAGAUAGCGCGUUAACUGAGAAUAUUCCAACGCUGAAAAAUCUUGUGGAGAACUAUAAAAGUACCGUGGAUCCAUAUAAAUUCGUACCGGCGCAAAUCGGUGACAGUAGCAAGGAAAUGGCGGCAAUUCUCGCCUCUAGCGGAACAACCGGCUUGCCAAAAGGUGUUACAUUAUCUCAUCGAAAUUUAUUAACUUUCUUUUCCAAUUCAAGUGGCCCAAAGUACGUGGACAUUCAACGAGGCGACAGAAUAAUGAUGUUUCUUCCAAUGUUUCAUGGCUAUGCAUUUGGUGUAACACUUAUUGCAACAGGUGUUGGUGCAACCACGUACGUCCUGCGAUCUUUCAAUGUGGAGACGCUUCUUGAAGCAAUUGAAAAGUACAAAAUCACGUAUUUGCCAUUGGUGCCUCCAGUAUUAGUACUUCUUGCGAAGCAUCCGACAGUCACGAAUUACGACUUCAGUAGCGUGAGAUACUUAAUGUGCGGUGCAGCACCAUUUCCUAAAGACGUUGCAGAUGAGGUAAAGAGGCGAACAAAAAUAAAAUGCAUCCAUAAUGGUUAUGGAAUGACAGAAUUGUCCGUAAUAUCACAUAUAUCGGAUAUAGAAUGUAACGAUGAAAACGUCGGUUUACUAGUGCCCGGAUUCCUUUGCAAAGUAGUGAAUCCAGAAACAAAUGAAACGCUUCCCACGGGCGAUGUUGGCGAAGUUUGCUUAAAAGGCGAUCAAGUAAUGUUGGGGUAUUUCAAGAACCCUAAGGUCACCGCAGAAACUAUCGACGAUGAAAAAUGGCUGCACACUGGCGAUUUAGGAUAUUUUAAACAAGAUGGACUUCUGUACAUUACGGGGCGACUGAAGGAGAUCAUUAAAUACAAAGCCUAUCAAGUUUCACCGUCUGAGAUUGAGACUGUGAUACAAUCACAUCCAGGCGUUAAAGAUGCAGCAGUUGUGGGCAAACCUGAUAAAAUGAGCGGAGAAGUACCGAUGGCUUUAGUUGUGAAACAACCAGGUUCCAACGUGACAGCCAAAGAAAUCAUAGAUUUCACAAAUAGAAAUUUAUCACCCCAAAAAUGGCUGAGGGGUGGCGUUAUAUUCGUCGAAGCUAUACCCAAAAAUCCAUCAGGAAAAAUUCUGCGACGAGAACUAAUUAAAUUAAUAGCUAAAUUAUAAAAUAAUAAUUUAUUUCUAAUUGUUUCAUAUUUUCCUCUUGAUGAAAUAUUGUAAAAUACAACAUAGUAUAUA